CAACACAGCCUGAAAUCUCUUUGACAAGCUGUCUUGUUAUAUCUCUAAGUAGUCUUCAGGAAUAGUUCUUGGGGCUUCUUGAAGGACAUUCAAAGCUCUUCUUUGGAUGUUGCUGCCUUUUAUUCUGCUCUCUGCCAAGAUCCCACACUGCUUCAGUAAUGUUGAGGUCUGGACUCUGUAGAAAGACGAAUCCAUGGCUGAUAGUGUUGCUUUGUGUGUUUUUCUCUCCAGGUAUGCCUUUACUGCAUUAGAAGUGUGUUUGAAAUCAUUGUCACGCUAAAAAAAGAAGACUCCACUAUGUUUUACUGAUACCUGUAGACUGUUGUACCGCUCUCCUGAUCUCUUGGUUCAAACCAAGUAGUUAAGAUCUGUUUUUGAUUUUUAGUUAGUCAAGUUCUUGUGCAGUUUGACAUACCUUGGCUAUUUCUCCCUGUUUCCCUUCCACUGAGAUCAUUUCUGAUGAGACCACAGCAAACAGUAGAUGGGUCAACUGAAAGGCCAGAUGCAUCUCUCAGGUCCUGUCUGGAUCUGGCUUGUUUUCUAUUCCUUAAAGACAUGACUUUCAGAUACUGUUCAUCUGCUAUUAAUACAUUUUUAUAUACCGCCACUUCUUUUUGUAAGAUAUGACACAUUUUGAGAUAAUAGCUCCUUCACAUCUGCCUUCAUGUCGGUAAUUUUCAUUGAUUCAACUAAAGAAAUGGGGUCAUAUUAUGUUUUGUUUUAUUUUUUUGUUUUUUGUGACAGGCUGUCUUAUGUUAUGGUUGAAUGGUUCUUAGAUUAGUGUUAAGUUGCUUAACAAUUGAAAGACAAUCCUCUGAAAAUGGUCAGAGACAAGGACCGGACUGAAAGUGAUUGAAAAAGGUAUUUUCAAAGACCUGCAGAGAACCUGAGGCAAAAUAUCACAAUAGGGUGGCAGACAGUACAGUAAUUGUAGUGGUGCAUUGCAAACUUUUAAACGUGAUCAAUUUUAAACUCGUGACACAUCUUUUCACUUGUAUAGGCUGUUUUAAUCAAUUGAAUCUGUUUGAUGUUUGAGUUUAAGUCAACAAAAAUGAAUUAUUAGUCUGAUAAUCAAGCCUUCUAUUCUUCCCCAGCACUGGCUAAAAAUAAUUACACACCUUUAUGGAAUGCAAUUCUUUUGCGUACAACCUUGUACGCAGUGUACAAUGUGGUGUUCAUACUUUACACUAUAAAACAAAAAUCAAAGUAGUUUUGAAAGCAUGCGGAAAAUGCAGCCGCUAAAAGUGAAAGUUUCAUUUUCACUCUGAGAAGUCACUCUCAGCUUAAACCCUGCCCAAACAUGCGGUAAAUAUAAACAUGUCAGUUACUUUGCCUGUUUAAACCAGUUUUAUGAAGGCAUGCAUGUAUAAAGUAGGUGUUGUACUUAAUCAGCUUUGUUCAGCACACACCAACCAGCCAAUUCUAACAUUUAGUGACAUCAUGAAGGAUUCCCUUACUUUUAAUUCAAUGCUAAUUCCUUUGUACUGUUCACAAGGAAAAUUUGAAUGUAGGAUUCUUGCAUGUAACUUUUACUUAAACAAAAACAAUUUGCUAACCUGCAUUUUUUUUAUUGUCACACACAUCAAUGAUGAUAAUGAUUUAGUAAGACUGAAAGGUAUUUGGUGCUUGAUUUAGCCACAAAGUAAAAUCACUCUCCUUUAUUAUAAGUGUUAACUCAAAAUAUGCACUCAGUCAUACGCUCUUGCGGGAGCAAAUGUCCCCUGUGAUCUGGACUGAUGCUUGUGGUGAGGCGCGGGUGUCAUUAACUGUGAACUGAAUUAGUCUUGAUUUUUUGCUUAGGACCAGGAGUAAACUUGUUUAUCUUCUCUUGUUCGACCGGCUUGCUGAGUGUACGGGGGAGUCUGGGAAACUGCUAACAAGACAACGUAUUUGACUGACAAGAGAGAUAAAAGUCCCCUGUCACAGAGGUCCCAGAUGGUGCAAUUUAAAUAGUAGGUGGAGGGAUGAUCAGAGAAGAAAUACAAGGGGGUUGCUUUGGGCUGCUGAGGUUAAACUAAGAGGUACAAAGCAGAAAAAGGUGAAAAAAUUGGGUUUAAAAUGACCAUCAUUCUCAGAUUAAUAAUUAAUUCUAUGAAUCUUGUUAAUCUAGGAUGUGAACACAUGGAAAAAGCAGCAAAAAUGCAAUUUUUGAUUUUUAAAAUAAAAGAUCCCACAAAAAAUGGUUGUGGCACAGUCUCCUUUGACUUAGACUGUGUGGGAGGAAGUAGUUUCUACAUUUCAGACUGAAUGUUGAAUGUGAGACUGGAUGGCUCCGCUUUGUCUUCUCAGCUCAACUUUCACCUCUGACUUGCAGGGACACAUUUCUUUCUUUGUUGGCAGUGUUGUGGCUGAUAACUAAAGUUGAAAAGCUGCACAGUCUACAUAAAACUGAACAAAAACAGAGGGACGCUCAGGGGAGGAAUCACAGUUAAGGAAUGGCAGCUGUUUAUUUUAGCCUAUGACCCUGUGGUUUGUGUGUGUGUGUCUCUUUGGGUCUAUUUGGUUGUCCCAUAACACCAAAGCAUGUCUGUACUGCGGGCAGAAGCUGGUGCUUAUCUCAUAAUUCAUAUUCAGGCUGAUUUGUGUGCAGGCUGUUAAGUAACUCAGAAAUUAUGACAAAAAAACUAAUAUUAUACUAAUAGUCAGGUCAGGUUGUUUCUAAUACAUAUCUUAAUGCAGAUAAAAUGAAAAUGCAGAAAAGACAGAUACUUUUAUCUGUGGGGUUUCUUUGAUUGGUUGGUCAGAAUUAAAGAUUAAAUACAGAAUAAAAGUCUCCUGUUUGUGCAUGUGUGUGUUCAUGUGAGGAAGAGUGAAUGAGUCUGUUUUUAAUAGUUGGCUGUUGUACUGCCUUAGGGGACGGCACGCCUCUCUAACUGACUUUGGCACCGAGCCUCACUGUGCCUGUUUGCCAGCCGUUAACUAUUUCCUUGCUCUUUGUUUUGUCUCCAGACACUAGCUUGUGUGAUGUAUUUAUUUGACCUUUGACCUUGAUGGCAUUUGAAGUCUCCUUUGUUUGUGGUGAUUGUGGAGAUUCAAGAAAGACAGAUUACAAAAUUCAAGGAAGGAAAAUUCUCAUUUCCUGUUAGCAGCCAGUGGCCGGUGUAGCUUCAAGCAGACGGCCUGAAGCAGGGAUGAGAAGAGGGCUACAGAGUUGUGGUAACGUCACUUCUUUCUAAAGCCACAUGCCUUACGUAUAUAUUUUUUCAUUUUCAACAAAGACAUCACUUCCUGUGAAUAAAAAGCAUCACCCUCUGCACAACACCAUCUCGCUUUAUCCAGCAUUUUUCACAAUGCGUUUUCCCACUCCACUGAACCUGCAAACAGUGUUUAAUGUGUAAAGUGGGUUUAGUGUUUUCCCAUAAGAGAGAGUUUUAAUCAUCCUAAUUAAACCUGUGUUGCAGUCUUUACAUGGAGGGCGUGAAAGUUUUGUUUUCACACCUACAUGCGCAAAAUCCCGGGAUGAUUCACCAAGUGAAGCUGAUGUCAUGACGAUGGCAUACACAGCAGGAAGUCACCGGAGGAUAUGGAGCUCCCAAGAGAUGUUUACCACCUUACCUGCAGAGAGAAGAUUGAGUGAGGAGUAAAGAAAGAUUACACUUUUUUAAUAAAGAAUAUUUACUUGAAUAAUUCAUGUAGUGUAAGGGUUUUGAAAAAAGACCCUGCACAUUAUUUGCGAGGCUUUGACUUUAAAAAUUUCCAUUUACAUAUUGAGGAAGACUUUUAGUAAUGUGAGUUAGGAUUAAAGGAUUAGCAUUAAAGAACCACAUAAUUAGGGUUAAACUAAAACAGUGCAGUGUAUUCCCUGUGAGAUUUGUUUUUGGAUAAGGGGCUGGGAUGUCAUUUGCGUUUUGACAUUUGGCGUAAUUCCUGGUCCCUUUCCAGAAUUAGAUCAAGGAAGUUUUACCUUCAACAGUAACAGUAGCCUACUUAUAUCAUAAUGUUGUAACACUUCCGUGUAUAGCUGUCAUUGUUUUCUUUUUUUUCAUGAGUGUACAUAAAUAUGCAUUUGCCAGGCUUUAUUUGACAGAUUUAAAACCACAUGACAAUCACACCCCACAGUUGUCUCUGAAAUGUGUGUACUAAUCAGCAGCUGAUUGUUUCAAACAUAAUUUUAGGCUACUGUGCUUCCUGUUUGUGUUUUCACCCACCCAAACACCCUACCCCCCACCCCUCCAAGCUUUGUUAAUGGGUGUGUCUGUCCUCAGGAAUCCUACACCAUUAACAAUUGAGGUUACUGUAACUGGCUAAACAGCUUCGACCAGUGAGCGCAGGGUAUCUGACACACCAACACGCAGUGUUCCGGCUAUCCAAAGCAGUAAACAGAUGCCAUUCUUUAAUGGUCUACUGCUACGCGAGAGGGAAAAAAGGAUGAAACAAGAGUCAGGAAGCAGGUGUGUGAGAGAGGACGCAAGAAAGAAAUCAUUUUUCUCAUUGCCAAAAAUGCCUCUGUGAGGGAAGGUGAGUAGGAGAGAGGAAAAAGAGAGGAAGAAAAUGCGAGGGAGUGGAGGGGUAAAAGAACCACCCAGAUUUAACAAACCACCCAAUCAAGCUGCGUUCUUGGAAUUGGCUCCCUCCCCUUUUUUCACCACCUGAGAGUGAAGAAACACAGCUGUGCCUCAGAGGGCUGAAAAAGACAGAAGGAGAAACGCUCUGAGAGCAGGUGAGAGUUGAAGUGGGGCACGCAAAGAGAAGAAAGGUUUUAUAGAAAAUCUGCUUUCAAAUAAAAUAAGAUUUUUUUAAAAAAAAAUGUUUUCAAAAUCUUAAACAACUGUGAGAAAGCCUCGAGAGGAAGACCUGAACUCUCAGGAGAACUGUGUAACAACAAAGCGAUGAGCUCACUGUCUCGGGAUUGAAUGAACACAACAUAAAGAGAAUAAACCCUGAAAGGAAACUGGAUACCAAAAUGUGGGGAAAAAGGUGAAGAGUGAAAAUGGACUGAAGGGCCUUUUUAAGUAUUUUUCCUUCCUCUGGGACAAGGAUUUUUUUUAUUUUAUUUUGAGUCUUCUGUGGAACAAUGUAAAGUUGUCUUUCUUCCUCUGAGGAGGGCUACAUUUUGACAAUAUUCUACGAGGUGUCGGUGAGCUCCUGUGGAGACUGGCUAAUGAGCAAAUAGGGGAGACAUGUCUCUAGAAGAUGUCAAAAGCACCACCAGCCUUGGGGCUGAAAGCAGUGCUUCAGAUCAUUGCAAUGGCCACUGUCUGAACCAACAUCAGGAUCACGGGGUGAACCAAAGUGAAGGCCAGGAUGAGAUCGUUCUGGACCGUAUUGCCUCUCUGUCAGUGGAUAAGUUUGAUCCCAGUGACUUCACAGGGAGGUUUUCAAAGAUCCAGUUGAGGUCCAGAAAGAGAAGAGGGAUCAUUAAUAGAGCUUCUCCAGUGGGGCUGAAGCCAUCCAUCCCACCAGCCAGCGGUCCCUUGGGUGAGAGGAAGGGCCCCGUCGUCAUGGCGCCUGUCAACGUGGACCCAGAGAGCAAGCCGGGCGAGUUUGUCCUAAAAAGCUUAUUUGCCAACUUCACCUUGCUCUCUGAACGCAAGAUCCGUAUCAUCAUGGCUGAACCACUGGAGAAGCCACUAAACAAAUCUCUGCAGAGAGGAGAAGACCCACAGUUUGACCAGCUGAUUAACUCUAUGAGUUCUCUUGCUGAGUACUGCCUGCCAUCCAUCCUGAAGACUCUGUUCGACUGGUACAAGAGGCAAAAUGGCCUGGAGGACGAAUCCCAUGAAUAUCGACCCCGGGCCAACACCAAGUCAAAAAAUGAUGAGCAACAGAAGGACUACUUAUUGGAGCGGAGGGAUCUGGCGAUAGAUUUCAUCUUUUCACUGGUGCUUAUUGAAGUUUUAAAGCAGAUCCCCCUCCAUCCUCUUUUGGAUGGACUCAUCCAAGAAGUCGUUAACCUGGCCUUCAAGCACUUCAAAUACAAGGAAGGGUAUCUGGGGCCUAACACAGGCAACAUGCACAUAGUAGCUGACCUCUAUGCUGAAGUAGUGGGAGUCGUUGCUCAGUCGAGGUUCCCAGCAGUGAGGAAGAAGUUCAUCUCCGAGCUCAAGGAGCUGAGGCAGAAAGAGCAGAGCCCGUACGUCAUCCAGUCCACCAUCAGCCUCAUCAUGGGACUCAAGUUUUUCCGCAUCAAAAUGUACCCAGUGGAAGACUUUGAAGCUUCCUUCCAGUUCAUGCAGGAGUGUGCACAGUAUUUCCUGGAAGUGAAAGAUAAAGACAUUAAGCACUCAUUAGCUGGACUCUUUGUGGAAAUACUCGUACCUGUAGCUGCUACCGUGAAGAAUGAGGUGAACGUGCCGUGUCUACGAAAUUUUGUCGAAAGUUUGUACGACACCACACUGGACCUGUCCUCUAGGAAGAAACACUCUCUGGCCCUGUAUCCUCUGGUGACCUGCCUGCUGUGUGUCAGUCAGAAGCAGUUCUUCCUCAGCCGCUGGCACAUUUUUCUCAACAACUGCCUCUCGAACCUCAAGAACAAAGACCCCAAGAUGGCACGAGUGGCUCUGGAAUCACUCUACCGCCUGCUGUGGGUGUACAUGAUCCGGAUAAAGUGUGAAAGCAACACUGCUACACAAAGUCGCCUGACGUCCAUCACCACCACUCUCUUCCCCAAAGGGAGUCGUAGCGUCGUGCCCAGAGACAUGCCUCUGAAUAUUUUUGUCAAGAUUAUCCAGUUUAUUGCCCAGGAGAGACUCGAUUUUGCUAUGAAGGAGAUCAUAUUUGACCUGCUGAGUGUUGGGAAGCCUGCCAAAGCCUUCAGUCUCAACCCAGAGCGUAUGAACAUUGGUCUGCGGGCGUUCCUGGUGAUAGCAGAUGCUCUCCAACAGAAGGAUGGAGAGCCUCCUAUGCCCAACACAGGAGCCACUCUGCCCUCUGGAAACUCUCUGAAGAAGAAGAAAACAUAUCUCAGCAAGACACUCACUGAAGAGGAAGCCAAGCUAAUAGGCAUGUCCUUGUACUACUCCCAGGUGCGAAAAGCUCUGGACAACAUCCUGAGGCACUUGGAUAAGGAGGUGGGUCGUUGCAUGAUGCUCACAAGCGUCCAGAUGCUCAACAAAGAGCCAGAGGAUAUGAUCACUGGUGAAAGGAAGCCUAAAAUCGACCUGUUCAGGACAUGUGUGGCUGCCAUUCCUCGUAUCCUUCCCGAUGGCAUGUCCAAGCCUGAGCUCAUAGACUUGCUAUCAAGACUCACAGUGCACAUGGACGAUGAGCUUCGUCUUAUUUCCCAGAAUUCCCUGCAGAGCCUGUUACUUGAUUUCUCAGACUGGAGGGAAGACGUCCUUUUUGGUUACACACAUUUCCUUUUACGUGAGGUCCAAGACACCCAUCAGUGUCUGCAGGAUGCAUCCGUCAAGCUUCUUCUCCAGCUGCUCACACAGUGGAGGUUAGCUCUGCAGCUCCAGGGGAAGAUGCGAGGGGGAGUUGAGGCCAGCCCUAGACUGCCAGAGCGAAGCCCUCAUUGUUCAGUACUCCAUGCGGUGGAGGGCCUUGCUCUGCUGCUCCUCUGUUCGUGUCAGAUCAGCACAAGGAAGCUGGCAGUCGGCGUGUUAAGAGAAAUACGCUGUCUCUUCACGGCACUGGGACAUGCUGAGGACGAUGACAAACCCAUGAUAGAGGUCAUGGACCAGCUGAGCCCUGCUGUAAUGGACAGCUUUGUUCACGUGGCUGUUUCUGACUCAUCCACUUUGCCUCUCAGCCACCACGUUGACCUCCAGUGGCUAGUGGAGUGGACGGCUCGACUGGUGAGCAGUUCGUACGACGUGAAGAGCCCCAGCCAUGUCUGGAUUUUUGCCCAGUGUGUGAAGGACCCAUGGGUGCUCUGUUUGCACAUCUUUUUGCGGCAAGAGCAUCUGCCUAAGCACUGCCCCGUUGCUCUAGGAUACGCCUGGCCCUACGUUUUCACACGGCUACAGCUGCUGCUGCCUCUGGUUGAUCCCAACAGCCCAGUGAACGCUAAGAAGACGAGCACGGCAGGCGCCAGCGACAGCUACAUCUCACUGUGGCGCAAUUACCUAAUCCUCUGUCUCGGAGUGGCUAAGCCAAGCAUCAUGUCACCUGGCCAUCUCAGAGCGUCUACACCUGAGAUCACUGCCACCACACCUGAUGGCAGCGUCACCUACGACAACAAGGUUAUAGGCACGCCCUCUGUGGCCUGGCUUUUAAAGCAGCUCGUCCCACUGAUGAGAGCUGAGAGUCUGGAAAUCACAGAGUCCCUAGUGCUGGGAUUCGGAUGCACAAAUGCUCUGGUCUUCAGGGAGCUUGUCGAAGAACUCCAUCCGUUGAUGAAAGAAGCACUGGAACGUAGGCCUGAGAACAAGAAGCGUAGAGAGAGGAGGGAUCUUCUCAGGCUGCAGCUGCUGAGGAUAUUUGAACUACUGGCUAACGCAGGAGUCAUCAGUGACAGCACUAAUGGAGCUCUGGAGCGUGAUUCCCUGGCCUUGGGUGCUUUAUUCCUCGAGUACGUGGACUUAACCCGGAUGCUUCUAGAGGCUGAGAAUGAGAAAGAACUGGACGUGCUCAAAGACAUACGAGCUCAUUUCAGUGGGAUGGUAGCCAAUCUCAUCCAGUGUGUGCCUGUCCACCACAGGCGCUUCCUCUUCCCUCAGCAGUCUCUGAGGCACCAUCUCUUCAUUCUCUUCAGCCAGUGGGCCGGGCCCUUCAGUGUUAUGUUUACGCCUCUUGACCGGUACAGUGACCGCAACCACCAGAUCACUCGCUACCAGUAUAGUGCUCUCAAGGCCAUGUCAGCAGUUCUGUGCUGUGGUCCAGUUUUUGACAACGUGGGUCUCUCUACUGAUGGUUAUCUCUACAAAUGGCUUGACAACAUCUUGGCCUGUCAUGACUUACGGGUGCAUCGUCUGGGGUGUGAGGUGGUCAUUCUGCUUUUAGAACUGAAUCCAGAUCAGAUCAACCUGUUCAACUGGGCCGUGGACCGCUGCUUCACUGGGUCUUACCAGCUUGCAUCUGGCUGCUUCAAGGCCAUCGCCACAGUGUGCGGUAACAGGAAUUAUCCAUGUGACCUUGUGACUUUGCUCAACCUCGUGCUGUUCAAAGCCUCAGACACCAGCAGGGAAAUAUAUGAAAUCUCCAUGCAGCUGAUGCAGGUGCUGGAAUCUAAGCUGUGUGCAUACUCCAAGCGGAUGGUGGAGCAGAAGCCUGGUAAUAUUUUGUAUGGGACGCACGGCCCCCUCCCUCCUCUGUACAGUGUCAGCCUUGCGCAGCUCUCCAUCCAGCUUGCCAGCAUGUACCCAGAGCUCACGCUGCCUCUUUUCUCAGAGGUGAGCCAACGUUUCCCAACCACCCAUCCUAAUGGCAGACAGAUCAUGCUAUCCUACCUGCUACCCUGGCUUAGUAACAUUGAGCUAGUGGACACAGGUCUCUUACCUCCUGCUUCAAGUCCCUGCACACCAGAGGAAGAACCUCGAGGUCAGGCUCGGGGCCUGAGUGCAUCCCCCAGCCUGAGAGGCAGCGGCUGGGGCUCCUUGCAGGCGACAUCAUUGGUGCUCAACAACCUCAUGUUCAUGACUGCUAAGUAUGGAGAUGAGGUUCCCGGACCAGAGAUUGAGAAUGCCUGGAACGCUCUAGUGUCGAACGAGAGGUGGAGCAACAACUUGCGAGUCACCCUGCAGUUCCUCAUCAGCCUGUGUGGUGUUAGCAGUGACACCACAUUACUGCCUUAUAUUAAGAAGGUGGUGAUUUACAUGUGUCGCAAUAACACCAUCCAGACUAUGGAGGAGCUCCUGUUUGAGCUGCAGCAGACCGACCCUGUCAACCCUGUGGUUUUGCACUGUGAUAAUCCUCCAUUUUAUCGCUUUGCUGCCAGCAACAAAGCCUCCACAUCCCAGACAGGCACCACCUCCAGUAGUAACACCGUAGUGGCUGGUCAGGAAAACCUGCCAGAGACAGAUGAGACCAAGAUGGUCAGAGAGAGUGAAGAACGCCGGGCGAGGGCUCACAACAGACUGGAGUCUCGUUACAGCAACAGCUCCGGAGGCUCCUAUGAGGAUGAAAAAAAUGACCCACUUCCACCUUACGCUGGAUGGCUGCUGAGUAUUCUCGAGACCAACCGUCCUCAGCCGUUACCCAUGCCUGUUAAUGGAGGCUGCUGGGCACCUCUGGUUGACUACCUUCCAGAAACUAUCACACCUAGAGGACCACUGCACAGGUGUAACAUUGCAGUGAUCUUUAUGACCGAGAUGGUAGUAGACCACAGUGUGAGAGAAGACUGGGCUUUACACCUGCCCCUACUACUACAUGCCCUCUUCUUAGGUCUGGACCACUACAGGUCAGAGGUCUAUGAACACAGCAAACGUCUCCUUCUUCACCUCCUCAUUGCGCUCUCCUGCAACAACAACUUUCAGGUAAUAGCCUCAGUACUGAUGCUGACGAGAGAGAUCAGUGACAACAAGACCCUCACAAUCAAGUCCAGCUACCACACAGAGUACCAGCAGUCACACGCACCAGACUUUUUGCGGGAGUGGCAGGCAUCUCCCGUGGUGGACUCUGGUCUCAGCUCCACCUCCAACUCAUCCUCUGCUAGCCUGGGUGGUGGCAGCACAGCCGGCAGUGUUGGAAAUCUGCCCCUUGUAACACCCGAUGACCUGGAGGAUCUUGAAGAUGCGCCCAAUGAGACGGAUGAGAAGACGAACAAACUCAUUGAGUUUCUCUCCACCAGUGCUUGGAGUACUGUGUUGUUAUUGCACAGAUCAUUUGGGCCACUGUGGGUGCAUGAGGACAUCACACCAAAGAACCCCAACUCCAAAAGCACAGAGCAGCUCAGCAACUUCCUGCGCCACGUUGUCUCUGUCUUCAAGGAGUCCAAGUCAGACUUCCACCUGGAGCAGCAGCUUAGUGACGUGGCCUUACAGACGGCUCUGUGCAGCUCCUCGCGUCACUAUGCCGGCAGAUCUUUCCAGAUCUUUAGAGCUCUCAAACAGCCGAUCAACAACCAUGCUGUCUCUGAUCUGGUCUCACGCCUCGUUGAGGUGGUGGGAGAACAUGGAGACGAGGUGCAGGGCUAUGUGAUGGAGGUGCUGUUAACUCUGGAGUCAGUAGUGGUGAAUCUAGCAGAGUGUCUGAAAAACAGUGACCUUAUGGCAGCUCUUACCAGGACAUCCUCACCAGACUUUGUGACAAGUGACAAACUGAUGAACAGAAAGAGCACAGGUCAGCUGAACUUCCCUGGCCCAGGAUUUGUCGGCCUGUCAUCGCAGCGCCACCAGCGCUCCUAUUCUGUCCCCAAGAAGUUCGGCGAGUGUUGCAACCAGUCGAGUGAUCCCCCUCGCAGUGCAACUCUGGAUCGCAUACAGGCUUGCAACAGUCACGGCCUUGCACGAACAGGAAGAAGUUCAGGCUCCUGCACAUCAUCGACAAAUCGCAUUGAUCCCAGCGUUCUGUCGGAUCCCGCGCACGUGUCUCAUCCUUCGUCGAUACUGGCCACAGUCUUCUGGGUGGCGGUGUCGCUCAUGGAGUCAGACUUCGAGUUUGAAUACCAGAUGUCACUUCGCCUCGUUCACAAGCUGCUGUCAAAGGUGCCCUUAGACAGAGCAGAGAACCGUGAGCGCCUGGAGAAGCUGCAGGCUCAGCUGAGGUGGAGCGGGUUCUCUGGGAUUCAACAGCUUUUGUUGAAGGGAUUUACCUCCCAGGCUACAUCUGACCUGACCUUACAGCUAUUCUGCCAGCUCACGCCAGUCUCCCGCGUGCCUGUUGUCGACAGCUCACAGUCUAUAGGCUUUCCUCUGAAUGUGCUGUGUCUGCUUCCUCACCUGGUCCAGCACUUUAGCCACCCAAAUCAGUUCUGUAAGGAAAGUGCUGAGAGGAUUGCACAGGUAUGUUUGGUGGAAAAGAACACAAAGCUGUCCCAUCUGGCACAUGUGAUGACGCUCUAUAAGACACGUUCCUACACGAGGGACCCUUUCUCCUGGGUCAGCGUGGUUUGCCGCUACCUUCACGAGGCUUUCUCUGACAUAACGCUCAACAUGGUCACCUAUAUGGCUGAGCUGCUGGAUAAGGGACUUCCCAGUAUGCAACAGUCUCUCCUCCAAAUCAUCUACUGUCUGCUUAGCCACAUGGACCUGACUGCUGUGCAGGUCAAACAGUUCAACGCUGAUGUCCUGAAGACCAUUGAGAAGUUUGUCCAGACAGUACACUGGAAGGAUGCCUUAAACAUCUUGAAGCUGGUGGUAUCACGCUCUGCCAGCCUUGUUCAUCCAGUGUACGGCCACACACAGGGUGAUCUUUCCAACCUAGAGGUCAGCAGAGUGUGGGACGGCUCCGCUAAAGCUCUCCCUGGGAAAACUCUGGAUUUCACAUUUGACAUCUCUGAGACACCGGUGAUCGGGCGCCGUUUUGAUGAGCUCCAAGGAUCAGGGGGUAGAGAGGGGAAAGCCAGAGCCAUGGCUGUGACCCGCAGUACUUCCUCCACUUCUUCUGGAUCCAAUUCCAACACCAUUCUGGUGCCUGUCAGCUGGAGGCGACCACAGUUAUCUCAGAAAAGAACCAGAGAGAAGCUGGUGAGCGUUUUGUCUCUAUGUGGACAAGAAGUUGGACUUACCAAGAACCCAUCUGUGAUCUUCUCAUCCUGUGGUGACUUGGACAUGAUGGAGGUGCGGGAGAGCGGCGUGUCAUCUGAGGACGGUGGUACCAGAGAGGACACAUUAGAUGACACCGCCAGUGAGCAGCAGUUUAGGGUUUUCAGAGACUUUGACUUCCUGGAUGUGGAGCUGGAGGAUGGAGAGGAGCUCCAGGGUGAGACUGUCGAUAACUUUAACUGGGGUGUGCGCCGGCGAUCUCUGGACAGCACAGAGCUGGGCGACCUGCUGGAGGAGAGCCAGCACUCAGGCAGCACCCCCAGUCUGGGUCACGAAGACCCUCACGAUUCAGACGAGUCAUCAGAGGAAGAGGAGUCUUCAACUAGCCAGAGCCUCUCCCAUUCUCAGCUUACCAACCCGUCUCCAUCAGAGGAAACCAAUCACACCGAUUCUCUGUCUACUUCAUACGACACAUCUGCUGACCCCCAGUCCCUCAACGCCACCACCCCGAGCCAGGGAGCUCUCCAUGAUGAUCACAUUGGUCUACAUGUGAGGGUGUGUGGUGAGGACGAGGACACUCAGGCCCAGGAUGAUGAACUGUCGCUGAGUGUCAACGAGCUCCCCCCCGGCUCCGACUGUGGAGAGAGCUUCACUCUGGAUUUGCCGGGGCAACCUCAAAAUCAGCUGCCAAAUCUGGACCGUGGUCUUAACCCAGACUAUUGCCAGCCUCCACUGGAUUUUCUAGACCCAAACUGUCUGCCCAGCUUGCGUGAUGAUGUUGAUGAUUUGGAGGACCUUGGGUUUCCUCCUCCCCCCUCUCCAUUUUUUUCCGCCAUCUUGGCAGCGUUCCAACCCACGGUGUGUGACGAUGCCGAGGAGGCAUGGCGCUGCCACAUCAACCAGCUUGUAACAGACUCAGAUGGGUCAUGUGCUGUCUACACAUUUCAGGUCUUCUCAUCACUCUUUAAGAACAUCCAGGGAAAAUUCUGCACCUUAACAAAAGAUGUUGCCACUUAUCUUGGCGAGGGAUUAAGAGGCAUUGGAUCAAAGUUUCUCAGGUCCUCACAGAUGCUCACCACAUGCUCAGAUUGUCCUACCAUUUACAUUGAUGCUGACACGAUCAUGUCCUACGGCCUCCUCGAAAAGAUGAAGUUCAGUGCACUGGAGCUGCAAGAGUACCUGGAUACUUACAACACCAAAGAGGAGGCUGCUGUAUUGUGGCUCAGGAACUGUAAGGACACAUUUCCCAGAUGUCCUGGUGACAGUGUGGUUACCUGCCAACCUGGAGAUUCAGAGGAGAAGCAAAUGGAGUCUCUUGCACAACUGGAGCUUUGUCAGAGGCUUUACAAGCUUCACUUUCAGCUCCUCCUUCUGUUCCAGUCCUACUGCUCGCUCAUUGGUCAAGUUCAUGCAAUAAGCUCCGUGCCUGAGCUGCUGAACAUGUCUCGAGAGCUUACUGAUCUGAAGAGCAGCCUGCAGGCAGCAGAGGCAGCCGUAGCCAGCGACUUGGAACACAAACACUUGGCCCACACUCACUCACACGCCACCCAGGUGGCAGCCAUGGUUGUGCCCAGCUUCCCCACCUCAGAGGCAGCGGUGCAGGCCAUACUGGAGUGCCUUAGGAACCAUGAGUUCACCAAAGCCGUGCGCUACAUCCAGGAAUGCAGGAGGCAGUGGCCUAACGGAGUGUUUGGCGGAAGCUCAGAGAGUGAGGUUCAGACGCUGCUCAACGUCUACUUCCGUCACCAAACGUUGGGCCAGACGGGCACAAUCGCCCUGGUCGGUUCCCGGCAGGACCUCAGUCUGAUCUGCUCCAAGCUGCUGGAGCUCAACGGGGAAAUCCGCGACAUGAUCCGCCACGCCCAGGGUUACCGGGUCGUCACAACUUACCUCCCCGAUUCAAGUGCCUCCGCGACCAGUCUCUGACAGGACUUCAGGAGCCCCCCACCCCCUCCUUCUCCACCUUUACUCCCUCCAUCACUGCAGCCAUUGACCCUUCCAAGACAACCUCUGCAAUCCUCUCAGCCUGCUCUUACAGAGGGGGCCCAGCACCCACAUACCUGGCCCCUGCCGCCUCCUAUGUGUCUGCUGCCCCAGAUUCACAGCUCCAGGCAGAUGCCCACUUACCACCCUGCCCAGCACUAGAACCUGAAUUAAACCUUUCAUUCCACUCUUCAUCCUCAUCCACUGCAAACUCUGAGACCUCUUUACUUAAUUUUCCCAAACCCCCUGACCUGUUCUCUGCUCAUAGCUCCAACACGCCAGGCCAGUCACAUUUUACACUGCCGCUCACACAAGAGCCAAAGAGACGUUAUCUAGAUGAGAACGCAAGCCUUUAUUAUCCUAUCAGAGUACAUCCAUCAUGCAGUUUACCGCAAUCACAUUUCCACUGCAGCAAACACCCGAUAUCAUCUCUCACAUCCAGCUCUCUCCCAACUGUGGCCUCAGCGCCCACCUUGCUCACACACUCUUACACGAACCCAUCACCCAUUUCUUCCCGGGGCUCUCAUCUUCCCCAUUUCCCAUGCUCUCCGUACAAACACUCAAGCCCGUCCUCGAUUCUGCACCCGGGCCGUGACACGGUCUUAACUCACAGCCCUGCAUCGAGUUCAUCUCUUCCCCCUCCCCCACCACCCCCUCCCUGUCCCACCGGCCCAGGAGAGGCUGCAGCUUGGGGUUGUUGUUGCUCCUUCGGCGGUGCUGCUACGCCUUUGACUCGCUACCUAGGGAAGGUGGGACAAGCUGCCCUGCCCUUACUGACAGUAGGGGGGCUCCUGAAUACUGAACCGUCAGAUGUCCAAACCUGAGACUUUAAAGUUACCACGCCAGAGGACCUAACGAUCCAACAUCAGGUCUUUGCAUCUGAAAAGUAGACAAUGACAUACCAGAAAUAACUGGACACUUUAAAUGUUUAAGGACAGGGAAUCAUAUCCCAUGUAUAAUGGGAUUUAUCUCUGGAUACUACAGAUUGCUGCCUGCUGAUAAGAAUGACCUGAUGUGAUUAUAUACAAGCGCAGGCUUUGCUUCUAAAGCUAGAUGUCGUGAAAAAUAAUGUACCUCCUUGUUUAAGUCCCGCUUGACGGUCAUAAUUCAGCAUCUAAUCUGUGCUGCACUCCGAGGACCUGUGAAGGCUUUUAGCUUGGACUUAAACUGGCUUCCCAGAGGAACUUUUAGACAUGCUUGACACUUGCUGCCUCCUUCAGGAAGGAUGAAAGAGACAGUGAGGAAAUGAGUCGUGACACUACGUAGCAUCACUGGAAGAAGUUUCCUCUGUGGAGUUUUGUUAUACGUUUUUUCUAAAUGUUGUAGAAAGGAGAUCAUGUAUGUUUUGUUACUGUGAGAGAAAAAGGCUGUCACUUUUAUUAAGAAGGAAAAGCCAAAUGCUGGAGUGAUUUUGUCUCUACUGUUCUGAGGCCUCCUCUGGAGGAAACUGUGCAAUGCAUGACCCAGCUGAAUGCUUUCUACUGUAUGCUCCCGUCCUGUCCUUUUCGCCUGGCCCAGACGUCUGACCUCAGACUGAUUGAAAGACUUGCUGACAGAGCAGAUUCAAAAUAUUCAAGCGCAUUUCUUUACGCUGCUCUUUGGCCUGUUUCUAUUAUUGAUAUUCUGUAUCAGUGAAUCAACUUGUCCCCUGACUACUGUUGUAAACAUUGGUAGAGUAAUCAUGCCAUUAUCCGUGCGUGGCGUGCACCCCUCCGUGGCUAGCUGUAGCAUCUUUAGUGAGCGUAAACACUAUAUUUCUGUCGACUUGGUGUUCACAUGCAGAGAAGAUGGCGCAUGUACACAGUCAAGUAUUUGCCCGUCUGUAUACUGCUAAUCGUUACUGUCACACAACCAUAGUAGGAUAUGUUUGUGUGGUUUGUAUUUACCUUACACGUAAGGGAAAUGCUGACAUUCUGCACUCAUUGUAGAUGUGCGAAAUGAAACCCACGCUACACACUACUGAAUCUGAACUCGUCGUUGUCAGCCUUUUUGUGUGUGUGUGAGAGACUCUCCCUUGGUUCGGAUCAAGCAAUCAUUUUGCUGUUGCUGUACAAAUGUCUUCUUUUCCUAUUUAUAUCUGAUCAGAUAUGAAACGACACUUAUUUGACUUAAGUUUUAUAAUGAUGUUUGUUCUCUCAAAUCAAACUGCCAUGCAUGCAUUUUCUGUUUACUGUAUGGAGUGUUUGAAAUAUUUAUUAACAAGAUAAUUUUAUCUGAAAGAUACGUUUGUAUGAGGUACAAAAGGGAGCCACAAGCUCACGCGGGUAUGUUUUUCUUUUUCCUGUGUGUGGGAGAAUGUGUUUGCAUGCCAAACAAGAAGUUGCACAUUUUUAAAGCUUUUUAGAUGAAGACAGUAGUUGUUUUUUCACCUUGUAAAUAUUUUCACAGCCUUUGUGAAGUUGUUUUGAGUUGAAGCUCUGUAAAAGUUGUUAAAGUAAAGACCUAUAACUUAUGUUGUCUUUUGGUGCUUU